ACAUAUAGGGGAGAGAGAGAGAGAGAGAGAGAGCACCAUCAACGGGAGGCAUGGAAGGUGGGAGAGAGAUGGGGAUAGAUGAUUCCUUCAAGAGGCCGGGAUCCAUUCCGUUCAAGUGGGAGAUCCAACCAGGUGUUCCCAAGCACGGGGAUGACACGAUGAUCACUGCAUCGCCCAACGUAGUAACCCCAAAGCUCAGCCCUCCUCCAUCCAUGCACGCCGCCGGCACCUCCUCUUCCCCCUCGCCAUCCAGCUAUCAGGCCUUCUCCUCCCUCGGCUGCUUCCCUGCUUCUUCCAUCAGGUACAGGAACUACAAGAAGACCGCCAAGCUCUUUUCCCUGAUGCGCCGUCGCUCCAUGUCCGAUCGGUACUCCAUGCCUUCUUUCGCGUCGAUUCGGGAAGACGACGACGCCUCCGACGCCGGCAGCAGCUCGCUGGCCCUCUCAGACGCAAGCAGCGUUUGAAGCGAUGGCUGGUGACUCUACGACUGCUGCUGCUGCUGCUGCGACGAAUCUGUAGAGCACGCCAAGAGGCAUCACUGCUUAUCGUUUCAUCUGUACAAAGAUCUCUGGUUUCACUUGUCUUGUUCCGUAUCGGCUUUGGAUUUCGGAAGCUUAGCGAUCUUGAUGAACGGUUCAUUCUUGUCCUUCGUAUCAGAGAGUACGCAUCGAAGAUGAGAUUAACGCCGUGUUGUCUUUUUGUUUGACUGCAGAGGAGAACAACUCUGCAAAAAGAGUCGAUGUUUCUCAUGAUUAAUAGUGUGGAUCUUAAGACUUAGCAUUAAAA